AUGCCGCCGUGGGGCGCCGCCCUCGCCCUGCUCCUGGCCGCGCUCGCCCUGCUUGGCCUGCUCGCCGCGCUGCUGCGGCGCCCCGGGAGGCGCGCCGUCGGAGCGAGGACCCUGCCGGGGGCGCAGGGCCAAGACCACGAGGAGGAGGUGGACGGCGCAGGCCCCGCGGACCAGUUCAGCGACGAGCGUGAGCCUCUGCCCGGCGGGUGCAGGCUCAUCUGUAAGCCGUCGGCGCUGGCCCAGUGCCUGCUGCGCGCCUUGCGACGCUCGACAGCGCUGGAGCCGGGCCCGCGCUCCUGGCUCUCCGGGCCCCACCUGCAGACCCUCUGCCAUUUCGUGCUGCCGGUGGGGCCGGGGUCCGAUCUGGCCCGGGAGUACCUGCAGUUGGCGGACGACGGGCUGGUGGCCCUGGACUGGGUCGUGGGACCUUGCGCCCGGGGCCGCCGGGUCACCAAUGCCGGGGGCCUCCCGGCGGUGCUGCUGGUGAUCCCCAAUGCCUGGGGACGCCUCACCCGCAACGUGCUCGGCCUCUGCCUGCUGGCCCUAGAGCGCGGCUACUACCCGGUCAUCUUCCACCGUCGCGGCCACCACGGCUGCCCACUGGUCAGCCCCCGGCUGCAGCCUUUCGGGGACCCGUCUGAUCUCAAAGAGGCCAUCACUUACAUCCGCUUCCGACACCCCGCAGCCCCGCUGUUCGCGGUGAGCGAGGGCUCAGGCUCGGCGCUGCUGCUGUCCUACCUGGGCGAGUGUGGCUCCUCCAGCUACAUGACUGGUGCAGCCUGCAUCUCGCCGGUGCUAUGCUGCCGCGAGUGGUUUGAGGCCGGCCUGCCCUGGCCCUACGAGCGGGGCUUUCUGCUCCACCAGAAGAUCGCCCUCAGCAGGUACGCCACAGCCCUGGAGGACACAGUGGACACUGGAAAACUGUUCAGGAGUCGCUCCCUGCGAGAGUUUGAAGAGACCCUCUUCUGCCACACCAAGAGCUUCCCCAUCAGCUGGGACACCUACUGGGACCACAACGACCCCCUCCGGGAUGUGGACGAGGCAGCCGUACCUGUGCUAUGCAUCUGUAGCACCGAUGAUCCUGUGUGCGGGCCCCCAAACCACUUUCUGCCAACUGAACUCUUUCACAGCAACCCCUACUUCUUCCUCCUGCUCAGCCGCCACGGAGGCCACUGUGGCUUCCUGCGCCAGGAGCCCUUGCCAGCCUGGAGCCACGAGGUCAUCUUGGAGUACUUCCGGGCCUUGACUGAGUUCUUCCGAACGGAAGAGAGGAUGAAAGGGCUGAGCAGACGCCGAGUUUCUUUCCUAGGGGGCCGGCGUCGCUGGGGAACCGUGCCAAAGCGGGAGGUCUCUCCCUCUUCCAACCUGGAGGAGAUCUUUAGCUGGAAGAGAUCGUAUACAAGGUGAGACCUGACCCAAGAACCCGCCAGCCCUGCGAGGAAGAACAGAGCUGGGCACGGCUGAGUCCUGAAAACGCAGUGAGGACUGAGUGGGGCAGGCGGCUUCAGCUCUUUGCCCCUGAUUCAGCCCCUUCUCUCUUAAACUGGUCUGUGGAAAGAGAUGGAACUUCCAGCAAGCUAGCGUUCAUUUGCCCCUGAGCAGAACUCCUGCCCAGGCCCUGCUCUACACAUGCCAACUCAUCCUGGUUCAGCAGCUGGGCAUUCCCUGUCACGGUCCCCUGUCACUGACUUCAUAAGCCAAAGAAUAUCUCCAUGUAUGUCCCUGGACUCAAGAGAAAAUGCUCACUCACAGCAAAGAUACAAAGGAGAUGAGUUUUGUGAGCCAUUGGGCAGGUCUGUGCCACAUAAAUAAUCAGCUCUGUGACACUGGUUCUCAAGCUGGAGCCACUUGAUGUA